GAGCUCUCUUGUAGAGAGACUCUCGAAUCGAACCUCCUCGAAAAGCUUCAAUCAUGGCGCAACCUCUUGCAGCUCCAGCGUCCGCUCUGGCGCCGUGGCGCGAGCGUCUCGUGGCCUCUAAAGUGUUCAUGCGCUAUGACUACGCGUGGAAAGAGGCCGAGCUCCAGCGGGCUGAACACCGAAUCACCGGUAUCGCCUGCCGGCUUUUGUACCUCCACGCCUCGUGGGUGGAGACGUACAACCACACAACAUCAUCCAGUUCCUCUCAUCCACGUACUAAGGUUUACAUCGAGGACAAUGGUUUCCCAGAGUUCCAGGAGCGAGUAUCGAAAGCCUGUGAGCUCAUGGGCUACGACAUUGUGUCCGAUUCAUUGACUGCACACUUGGUGUUUCUAUACGUGGCUCCUCCCGGCGAGCGACGCAGUGACGACAGUCAAUACAAGACCUUUCAGGCGGUAGUGGAGCACUCAAAGGCUCUUCCGGACAACGAGAAGCCCAUGUUCUGCGUCUUACUGGGGGACGCUGAUUUCUUACCCCUCCCUAAGACGGAGGAGGAUGAGAACCUGCGCAGUCUUAGUGACUUUGCCAUCUCCCAGGAGUUCGCUCCUAUUGCUAGCGAGGCGGACUAUGGGUCGGUGGCUCAGUUCGCUGUAGAGUUUGUCCCUGCUAGCCACGAGAGUUUGAGCAACGAGUUUAAAGAGGACAAGACGAGGAAACUGGACUCGUUGAUGAGCAGGUUUGGGUGUGUUGGCCAGAACCUCAUGCAUCAUACCGAGAAGUGGGACUUCUAUGCCCCCUGUGAGAGCGUCUUUUGCCAUGGCGAAGACGAUCCGAACGGAGUGACCCACCCUAGCGAAGAGGACACGAUGUUUUGGUUCAAAGAGACUAAGGGUAAGACGUGCGACCAAUGCCAUGCUCCAAGUGACAAGUUGUCGAAGUGUGCGCGGUGUCGGGAUGCAGUAUACUGCUCGCGGGAUUGCCAGAAGGAGGCCUGGAAGUUGCAUAAACGACUGUGUGGAAAGACCACCGAGGAAAUUACUGCAUCCGAUGAUGAAGUGAAAAAAUAAUAGAAAUAAAACACGCCU